AUAAUGAUUCAACGGAUGAGCUCGUGGUCCAUGUGCUCUGUACCGCAUCGCAAACCCUCACAAUAACUACUUUUCGGAACGAUUCGCAUCCCUACACAUUUCCUAACACUUCUUCUUGAUUACAUCGAAAGAUGCGGAGAGAAUGAAAAAGUAAAUACAAAUCAUUGGAAUUUUUUCCUUGAAAGCGUUGUCAGCAUUCUUCCUGUGGCAUUCUGUAACCUGCAGCCUGGUUGAGAACUUCACUUGCUCCUAUAUGAGAGACUGUUUCAUCCACUUGCUAAUCCAAUGCCAAAAAACAACAAAGCCACCAACGGCAGAGACGAAGAGGAUGUCACGGAGACUGCCAAGGGCCUGCUGUCCAACGAGGACACGGGUGAUGAUACCUUCAAGAAAAGCAAGCUAAUUUCCAGUGAUGUCCAGAAGAAAGUAAAAGAUGCUGAGGGUGGUCUGGAAGAUGAUGAGGAGGAGGAGGAGGAGGAGGAGGAGAGGCCGAUGUGGAACAACAAGCUGCAGUACAUUCUGGCCCAGGUGGGCUUUUCAGUAGGCCUUGGCAAUGUGUGGCGGUUCCCAUACCUCUGCCAGAAGAAUGGUGGGGGUGCAUACCUCGUGCCCUACCUGAUUCUGCUGCUGUUGAUUGGGAUUCCUCUGUUCUUCCUGGAGCUGGCGGUGGGUCAGCACAUCCGGCGGGGGAGCAUCGGGGUGUGGAACUACAUUAGCCCCCGGCUGGGAGGCGUCGGCUUUGCCAGCUGCAUGGUCUGCUUCUUUGUGGCACUGUAUUACAAUGUCAUCAUCAGCUGGAGCCUCUUCUACCUCUCUCAGUCCUUCCAGCACCCACUGCCGUGGAAUGAGUGUCCACUGGUCAGGAAUAAUACAGGCACAUAUGUGAAGCCAGAGUGUGAGCAGAGUUCCGCAACAACAUACUACUGGUACCGGGAAGCGCUGAACAUCACCAGCUCCAUUUCUGAGAGCGGUGGCUUGAACUGGAAGAUGACUCUCUGCCUGUUGGCUGCGUGGAUCAUCGUCUGUCUGGCCAUGAUCAAGGGUAUACAGUCUUCAGGCAAGGUGAUGUACUUCUGUUCCCUGUUCCCCUAUGUGGUGCUCAUCUGCUUCCUCGUGAGGGUUCUGCUCUUGAAUGGCUCGGUAGAUGGCAUCCGCCACAUGUUCACCCCCAAGCUGGAGAUCAUGCAGGAUAUCGGGGUGUGGCGCGACGCUGCCAUCCAAGUGUUCUUCGCCCUGGGCCUGGGCUUUGGUGGAGUCAUUGCCUUCUCCAGUUACAAUAAGCGUGACAAUAACUGCCAUGCUGAUGCCGUGCUGGUCUCCUUCAUCAACUUCUUCACUUCGAUCCUGGCCACGCUGGUAGUGUUUGCUGUGCUGGGCUUCAAGGCUAACAUCACGAAUGCCAAGUGUGUCGCAUUAAAUGUUGAGAAGAUUCUUGGAUACCUGGACACCGAAAUCAGUCCAAGUUUGAUCCCUUCGCGCAUCAACUUCAGCAGUGUUAACCCUGAUGACUAUAGGCUGUUGACCUCCAUCAUCAAAGAAGUGAAGGACAAAGAUUACCAUCGAUUGGGCCUUGAAUCUUGUAAUAUCGAAGAUGAACUGGACAAGACGGUCCAGGGCACCGGCCUAGCCUUUAUCGCCUUCACUGAGGCCAUGACUCACUUCCCAGCCUCGCCCCUCUGGUCUGUCCUCUUCUUUCUCAUGCUGGUGAGCCUCGGUCUGGGCAGCAUGGUGGGCACCGUCCAGGGUGUCAUCACCCCUGCUGUUGAGACCCUCAGAGUGCGCAAGGAGCCUGUGACAGCGGUUUUUUGCCUGAUCUCAUUCUUCAUCGGGCUUCUCUUUGUGCAGCGCUCUGGGAAUUACUUUGUUGCCAUGUUCGACAGCUACUCGGCCACGCUCCCUCUGCUCAUUGUGGCGCUGCUGGAGAACGUGGCGGUGGCCUGGGUUUACGGCACGGACAAGUUUUUUCAGGACCUCAAGGACAUGCUCCAGUUUUCGCCUUUGCGAAUCUACUACUACUUGUGGAAGUUCAUCACCCCCAUUGGACUGCUUCUGCUGUUGGUGGCAAGUUUCAUUCAGCUGGUUAUGAAUCCGCCGAGCUACAGUGCUUGGGUUGAAGACAGGGCUAAAGAGGACACCCUCAGUUACCCCAGCUGGGGCCUAGCAAUGUGCAUCUCAUUGGUGGUCCUGGCCAUCCUACCUGUGCCGGUGGUCUUCGUUCUGCAGUACUUCCGCUUCGGCAAACCUGACAGGGCCUUGGCUCUGGGAUACCAGAAGGGUCACGUUAUUAGGGAACGCCAACUGCCGGAGGACGAUGACAGUGAUCCAGUCAACAGCAAGCUGCCUUGCUACAACCCCAUCCUAACCGAACCACUUCCUGCAGGAAGCGGAACAUCUCCUGCCAUGAAUGGUGCCACCAGUGCCCUGUAAGAAAUAGACCAUGAAUAACCCCCCAGCAGCCUAAUAGUUCCUGACAGCUCAUGUAUCAUGUGAGCCUUUCCAUUUUCAUCUCAUACAGCUUGUAGGCAUGUGUGUUGUGUUGUUUGUUUUCAGCGAUGAUGUGAAAAAUGGAUAUUAAAACUUUAAAACAGUAAAAUAAGGUACAUAAACAAACAUAAGAUGUUUGUAUCAGUUAACACUGUAACAUGCAUUUACAUCAUAUUUUGUAAAUGUGUGUAUAUUGUACAUAUUUAUCUGGAUUAAAAAAAAUUGACCUGGGCACCCUAAGCAUAAAAAGGUAUUCUCUUAUACUACUGC